GCAUGACAAUAUGGCUGCUUGACCGAGGGCGCACGGCCUGGCGGUGCGUUCCGAAGAGGGGCACCGGGCUGUCGCCAUGGAGAUUUCAAACUGCACGCGCUUGCUGAGGAGGCUGCUUUGUGGCGGAAAACAGGCGCCGUGGAGGACGCUCUGUCGCAGGAGAGGAGACUGCGCGGCCGCGGCGCUGCUCUACAGGAAGCACGGGGACCCGGCGCGCGUCCUGCGGUGCGAGAGCGUGCAGCUGCCCCGUCUCCAGGAGCGCAGCGUCCUCGUCAAGAUGCUCGCCGCUCCCAUCAACCCCGCCGACAUCAACAUGGUCCAAGGCGUCUACGCCAUCCUCCCGGAUCUCCCCGCAGUGGGCGGCAACGAAGGGGUGGCCCAGGUCCUGGAGGUGGGCAGCCAGGUGAGCUCCCUGAAAGCGGGCGACCGGGUCAUCCCGAGGGACGCCGGACUCGGCACUUGGCGCACCGCCGCAGUGUUCGGCGAGGACAGCCUGCUUCCCGUGCCCAAGGACAUUCCCCUGCUGGCAGCCGCCACGCUGGGAGUGAACCCGUGCACGGCCGCCAGGAUGCUGUCUGACUUUGAAGACUUGAAAGCAGGUGACUCCGUGAUCCAGAACGCAGCCAACAGCGGUGUGGGCCAGGCCGUGAUCCAGAUCGCGGCUGCCAGGGGGAUCCGCACGAUCAACGUUGUGAGAGACAGACCAGACUUCGAGCAGCUCUCGGCGAGACUCCGGACUAUAGGUGCCAGUCACGUGGUCAAGGAAGAGACUUUACGAAGCCCGCAAAUGAAGGACUUGUUUAAGACGUGUCCCCGUCCUCGGCUGGCGCUGAAUGCCGUGGGAGGGAAGAGCGCUACAGAACUGCUUCGGCACUUGCAGAACGGCGGCACACUGGUGACCUACGGGGGGAUGGCUAAGCAACCGGUCACCGUUCCAGUGAGUGCCUUGAUCUUUAAGGAUCUGAAGGUGCGGGGCUUCUGGGUGACCCAGUGGAAGAGGGACCAUGCACAAAACGAGGGCUCCGUGAACGAGAUGCUGGCACAGCUGUGCGCCCUGAUCCGGGAAGGAAAGCUGUCGGCUCCGGCCUGCACGGAGGUUCCCCUGCAGGACUUCAGGGAAGCUCUGGAGCGCUCCAUGCAGCCCUACACGUCCACCAAGCAGAUUCUGGUCAUGUGACUUGGAAGGAGACUCUCGUUACGUGCGUUUGGCGUACGUGCAGAUCUGAACGACACUUAAGUCAACAUUUACUGGGUUCGGGAGGCACGUCGACGAAAACGUUUCCGUCCCAAUCAGCACUGGUCUCUAAGUAACGGAGCUGUGCUAGGAGGGGACUGCUGUAAAUGUUAUGUAAUGUAAAUGUGUUUCCGACACCUUAGAGACUGUUUGUAAGUUGCAUUAUUGUUUAUGUAUCCUUCACUAAAAUGAUGAUAUUUCA